ACAGGCAUACUGACUCUACUCAUGCCCCUACACCAAUGACUAUAAUAAUGUAAUCAGUUGUUUUUUCUCACUUCUCAUUUCUCAGUACUCGCUCAGUGGCCAGUGCCCAGUGGUCAUCCAAUCAUCGAUUUGCACGGUUUUUCUGCAGUCGUUACUUAAAUAGUUAAAUGUAUAAAUUCAGAUUUUAGUUAUCGUCUUCCGAGUUCCGGCUUGCUUAUUUAUUAGCCAAUAGAGUGCUUAGUACACAGUAUUUCACUAUCUAUUUUUAUUUAUUGCUUUCCUUUAUUAAAAAGAGCCUAAAUAUUUGCUUCUUAACAUGUUUGAACAUCAUUAAACAUUAAGUAUAAAUAUCAAAUUCCUGUAAAUAGAUUGUUUUUACAAAGUAUCAAAAAUGAAAAAUAAGAUUUCAACUUUUUUAACAGGAUUUCCUAACUCUGCUGUUCCAAAACAAAAAAAUAAUAAAAAGAGAAAAGAAAUUUGUUCAAAUCCAGAUGAAAUCGAUGAAGAUAAAAUAUUAUCAAAGAAGAGAAAGUAUUUAACCACUGAUGUCAAACCCCAUGCAAUUACAACUAUUUCACAAGUACCUGCAAUAAAUGACAAAAUUAUAGAAAAAAAGGAAAAACAAUUACAACCCGUUUCUACCCAUCCAUAUUGUAUGGAAGUAGUACCUUCUGCAUUGCCCAGUUACCUUACAUUAUUUUCAUCAUUGAAGUCCAAAUUUAAUUCACCGCUACCACAACUGAUUAAACAAAGAUCAACUUCAACACCAAUUGCUGGCUCAGAGCGUCAAAAAUUGCAUUUUGAUCUGGAACCUCUUACGCCAAUAAAAGGAUUGUUUCCAUCAUCAGUAUCUAAACAAACCAACAUAGAAUGUGAGUUGAUAUCAGAACUACCUUCCCAGCCUAUCGCCUCAGUUCCCAAGAGUAAAUUCAAGUCGAUGCUGACUUCUGAAAAAUUGAAAUUGGGUGUUUUAAACAAAAUUCCAAAAUUUUGUCCAUUUUGUGAUUACGUAUGUGAAAGAUUGAUACAUCAACAUAUUGAAAAAAAUCACGGAGACCAACUCAGAAUGCCUAUUUCAAACUCUGCUGAUGCAAUUAACAAAAUAAUAUCUAACUUUACAAAAAAUAAAAAGGUAUUGGUGCCACUUCAACAUAUAGUUGAUACAAUGGGAGACUAUUGGUUUAAUCCAGACAUAAGAAAAAUUGGAAACAUUUUGUGCAAUCUUGGUCAGAUUACAACAUAUGGUGGGUCAUGGGAGCUAAGUCAUGUUCCUGAAGUCCCCAAUCCAUUUGAGCAGUACAUCAUAACACCUAAUCAACAAUUGGAGUAAAAAAUAUGACAACUGGUUAUUUCCAGUUUUAUUUUUAAGUUAAUUUGUUAUUUUUAUUAUAAU